AUGGACUACCUCAUUCGUUUUUCUCAGUCUCACGAGACGUUUCGUCUCCCAGAGAUACAAGCAUUAGCGAUAGUAGAGGGCAUCGACAUGAAGGUUGUUUCAUACAGCCUUGAGUCUCCCUUCUGCGUCGUCCACCUCCCCUCAGAAUCCGCCGCCAAACGCCUCAUCCAGCGCUCCAUCCUCGUCAUGUCAAUCCACGAGCUCUGGGGCUCCGGCCUAGACCUCGACACCGUGCAUGGCACCGUAAAAGCUAACACCCCCCACCUCUGGGCGCAAUACCUCACCUGCUCCUUCAAAUUCACCAUCGACUCCUACCAAGGCUCGCGCUCCGCAGAAGACAAGGUCCGCAUCAUCAACUCCUUCGCCUACCUAGGAUUCGCCGGCCCCAUCAAGAUGCGGCGACCAGACGAGGAGUUUAUCCUCUUCGAAGAUUGGGAGUUCAACUCGACGCCGCUCGGCAUUCCGGAUCCCAAGGCCUAUUUCUUCGGCCGGUAUCUCGCCGCAGGCGCCAGGGACCUGCCGAAGAAGCUGGACCUCAAGAAGCGCAGGUACAUCAGUACUACGUCCAUGGAUGCGGAGCUGGCGCUGGUGACGGCGAACGUUGCGCUGGCGGCGCCGGGGAAGAUCAUGUAUGACCCGUUUGUGGGGACGGGCAGUUUCCCGAUUGCGUGUGCGCAAUUCGGGGCGGUGACGUUUGGGAGUGAUAUUGAUGGGCGGAGCAUGCGCGGGGAUGAAAAGAAGAAGACGCUGAGGGGUAACUUUGAGCAGUAUGGGAUAUUGGGCGGGUUGGGGGGCAUGUUCACGGCGGAUCUGACAAACUCACCGAUACGAAAGGAAGAGUUGCGGUACGAUGGGGAUGGGGUCAAGGGCAGGCUCUUUGAUGGGAUAGUGUGUGAUCCGCCGUAUGGUGUACGGGAGGGACUACGAGUGCUGGGCGUUCGCGAUCCGGAGAAGUGUCCAUGGGUAAUACCGAAAGGAAAGGAAAUGUACAAAGACCCCGACUUUAUCCCCCCACGAAAGCCCUACGGCUUCCUUGCCAUGCUCGAUGACAUCCUACAGUUUUCUGCUCAGACGCUCGUGGACAAUGGGCGAUUAUCCUUCUGGAUGCCCACUGCCAACGACGAAAAUCAGGAAGUACCGGUACCAACACACCCUUACCUCGAUAUCGUGGCUGUUUGCGUCCAGACAUUCAACAAAUGGUCCCGGCGUCUCAUAACCUACCGAAGAAUCCCGGACGCCGAGGUCGACCAAGAAGCCAUGGCAGCACGCGAGCACAUGAAAUCGAUUGGGAAAACAGCCGACGAGUUAAACCCCUUCCGCAAGGCGUACUUUAAUGGGUUUGAACCCACAGACGGGGCAGCACCAGACGACGUUGAGUCAUAG